CCGGACAUUUUUAUUUUUAAGGUUACUUUUAGGAAAUUUUUCGGCUACUAAAUUUCGAUAAUUGCCUAAUUUGUAUUUAAAAUUAAUUUGUUGUAAAAUUCGUAUUAAACUAAAAACAUGUCCGUUCUAAUUCAUUGUUCAAAGCACAUUCGUUCUGCGUACAGUCUAAGCCGUCACAGGGUUAGUAAUAACACAUUGAACACAAAUUUUCAGAUCAAUUCUCAUAUUUCUCGAAGUACAUCUACAGUAAUUAAUAAUGGAAUUAAUACUUUAUAUCCCAAUACUAAUAUACUUCCUAAUCGGUAAGUUUGACCUCUUAUUCUCCGCAUAUGAAAUUUAUUUAAUUAUUUGGUUUUGUGUAGCUCGUUUUUUACAUCAACUAUUUAUAAUAAAGAAACAUCGUUAAACACAAUUGACAGUCAUAUUAAACAACUUGAUUCAGAUUUAAGACGAGCUGGUCGCAUAUCCAAAAGGGAAAUCGAAGAAAUUCUAAAAGAAAUUAAAACUUCUAGUAUGUUAAUUUUUUUGUGAGUAGGUACUUGAAGAUAUUUAUAUUAUCAUUAAUAUUUGUUCUAAUGUAGAAACUGCAACACCGUCUCAGUCAUUAAUGGUACUUCGAUGUUGUGGUAGUUUAGUCCCAGAUGAAUUGCCCGAGAAUCGUACAAUACUCGCUAAGGAAUUAUGGAAUACAAUAAAUCGCAUUGGUACAAAUUUAUAUUUAAUUGGUUACCUAAUAUUAAUUAAUUACAAUUAAAUAUAAUAAAUGUUAAAUUACGAUAUUUUCAGGUGUUUCUCUCGAUAUAAGCCAUUAUAAUACACUGCUAAAAGUAUACUUGGAAAAUAAUUAUAAAUACUCUCCGACAGAAUUUCUGGAAGAUUUAGAAAAGAAAGGUAUUGCGCCGAAUCGUGUAACUUUUCAACAUUUCAUUACCAGUUAUUGUCAAAAUGGUGAUAUUGAAGGCGCUAGUCGUAUACUAGAAUAUAUGAAUAAUAAACAAUUGCCAAUCAACAAAGUAGUUUUCAACGCCCUUGUCUUGGGCCAUUCGCAAAAUGGGUAAUGCAAUUUUUAAUAUUUUAAACUGUUAAAUCAUUAUAAAAUGUUCAAAUAUUUUAAUUUGUUACUAAUUUUAAUCAACAUAUUAGUGAUAUGGAAAGUGCAGAAAAGGUUUUAAAUGUUAUGAAAGAAUCAAAUCUAGAACCUACAUCAGAUACUUACACAUUAUUGGCUUCAGGAUACGCCAAAAAGGGUGAUAUUGCAAAAGUAAUUGAAAUUUUAGAUAUUUCUAAUGGCAAAGAAAUAUAUAUAAGUGAUAGAGAAUAUCUUGAUAUAAUAUAUGUAUUGGCAACUAAUGGUCACAGCAAUCAAAUUGAUCAAGUAAAUUUAUUUUAAUGUUGUAGUUUAUUAUUUAACUACCUACUGUAUUGAUUGAUUGAUUAUAAAAAUGAUAUAUUUUGUUCAAAUAAAGAUAAUAACUCGAAUUCAGAAAAUGUCUGGAUACAAUCAAGACGCCAUCAAUUGUAUUUAUAAAUUAGUGAUUGCUGGGCAAGAAAAAAUAGCAUUUAAAUUAUUUGAUACAAUGAUAAAACCACUAAAACCUGAUGGAUCUUGCCCACCUAUUGGUCGGUUCUUAAUCAUGCAUCUUAUAAAAGUUAAUACGGUAAGUUAAAAAGAAAAGAAGAAAUUGAAUAUUCAAUGUUGCAUCAAAAAAUGUUAGGUACUGCUAAGUAAUUUUUUUUUACACAGUGCCAGAUACUAAUCAUUAAUUGAAUUCACUACUAUUGCAGCUAUAGAAGUAAUAUAAUCUAACUUAAGAUUGUAUUUUUGAUUAGUAUACAGGAUAAACAAGUAAUUCUCUCAGAGAAUUUUAAGUAAAUUUAAUUAUUUUUUUCAACUAUUGUAGAAUCCUGGAAUCAUUUUAAGAUUUUUAAAUAAACUAUUUUUUCAUUAAUUAAUUUUUACUCCUAUUUUAUGCACCUUAAAUAAAUAUAUACUUUUGUUUUUUUUAAAUAGGAAUCUUCUUUUUCAAUAUAAAUUCGAAUAGUGAAUAUUUUUUCUAAAAAUGAAGACAUGUGUAACACUAAUAAUUAGGGUGCGGAUUUAUAUGUACUUAAAACUCAAAAAUAUAUACAUAUAUAUGUAUUUUUAUUCAAAUAUGCAAUUAAAAAUAUAAGGUGUGUAAAAAAAAAAAUUAUUUUCUCGAACGAGUAGACGUUAACAAUUAACAACUUAAUACAUUUAUCGAAAUGUGUACAGCAUUAAUGCCAUCUGAACGUGAUAAUAUGCGAUAACGACCACAUAUUUAAUAUAUAUAAUAUUUAUAGAAUAUACAGGCGCGUGAUGCAUAGAUUACAUAGUCUAGCAACGUGUGACUAGCACAGUAUAUUUUUAAUGGCGAUAACAGAGAUUUUUGAAAAUAGGGAAAUAUUUAACAAAAAUAUGUAAUAAAAGUAAAUUAUAUUAAAAUAUGUAAGUAAAUUUGAAUAUGUAAAAAUAUGUAGCUACUAUAUCAACCAUAGCUUAAAGCAUUCAGAUAGAACUGAAACAUAUUUCUAUAGAAGAAUCGUUUGAUUGCCAUCAUUCAAAACAAAGACGUAUAUUUAUAUAAAUUCACACCCUACUACUAAUAGAUUUACUCUUUAUAAGUUAUAAAAAUUCAGACCGGAAGAGUAGGAAUGUGUUAUGAGUUUAUCAUCUAAAUAUAAAAAACAAAUGUAUUGCCCUAAUAAAUUUAUAACACAACUAUCUUGAGUAAUUGUCAAUCAAUUUUCAAAACAAAUUGAAUACAAAGUCCAUAUUAACCUUUUUGUGUUAAUUAUAUAGUUAUUUUAAUUUUAACAUUUUUCUUUUCAGUCUUUUGAUAAUUUGAUAGAAUUUUGUAACAAAUUAGUAUCUGAACAAACCAAUCCUAAAGCGUUUGAUAUUGCCACUGAAAUAGCAUUGCAAAAUGGAUCAGUUGAUUUAGCUUUAAGCAUGUUUGAGUAUUUAAAAAAAAAUGAACAACCUGUUAGACAACAUUACUUUUGGCCACUUUUUGUUGCUAAAAGUAAACAAAAUGAUUUAAAAGGUACCUAUUAUUUUUGCACUAUAUUCAAUAAUACAUAUCAAUAAAAAAUAUUUGUUUUAAUUAAAGGACUUAAAAAUAUAUUGAGUAUUAUGAUAAAUGAGUAUAAUAUUACCCCUAAUAUUGAUACCCUUCGAUAUUACAUCUUACCUUUUAUGUUUAAAAAUAAUUUACUUGGAGCACAAAUUAUUACUGAUUUACAACUAAUGGGCGUAACAACUGGCACUAGUGCACAUGCAAUGGUGUUGUAUUUAUUGUCUAAAAAAGAAAUUCGCCUGGCUGCAGAUAUUGGUAUGUAACUUACAAUUUGUUUAAUUGAGAUAUUUUGAAAAUUGUGUGUAAUUUAUUUCUAAACUAUAAUUUGCAUUUUUUUUUUUCUAUAGCUGCCACAUAUCGUGCUUUUUACUAUCCUUCUUUAUUACGGCAGCCAUUGAUAAAUGCAUUUUUAGCCAGCCAUGAUGUUACAUCACUCAUUGUAAUACUUCAAAAAAUAUGCAGUGGUCUUACCCGUUUUUCUCUUAUAAAUGCCCCCGAAUUGGCAAAACAACGAGAAACACAGUUAUCGCUAAAUAAUACUGAAGAACAAAUUAUUGAAAUGCGAGAAUUCAUUAGUCAACUUAUAAAUGGUAUUGUUCAAAAUCUUAAACAAAAUUCAGGAGCUGUACAAAUUACACAAGAAAUUUUAGAAGUAAAUUAUAUUUAGAUUUAUCUUUUAAAGCUAUCUUUACAUCUAUAUGUAUUUAUAUCAUAAUAUCUUUUUUGAUUUUCUUGUGGAACUAUUUAAAUAUUAUGGUCAUUUUUAAUUGCAAUAAAAUGUAUUGUUUGUUUUUUUUGUUUAAUAAUAAUAUUUUUAUUUGUACAUUUAUAUUUUUAUAGAACUUAUACGAAAAAGGUUUGGGGAUUAAUCCUUCUGCUGUAGAAAAAGUACAAAAUCAUUUACAAGGGAAAAUAACUGUUGAAGUAUCAAAUUUAUUAGAGAGUCUAACAGAUUCUAAUUUGGUACCCAAACAUGAAUUGAGUGUUAAAUCGUCUACAUAUGUGUACCCUCUUAUAGUAAGUAUGACAAUUAUUAACAUUUGAUAAUAUUUAUAUUAUUUUCACUAAAAAAAUAAUACAAUUGUAUUUCUUAUUUUAGAAUGAAAGUACGUUAGAAAAUAUUAUUAAAAAAGCAGAACUCUCUGGUGACUCAAAAAAUAACUCUAAGAGACAAUUGUUAAAUUUGUAUUGCAAAAAUCAAAAUUUGGAAAAAGCUUCUGCACUGAAAGAUGUAAUAUUAAUUUAAGCAUGACAAAAUAAUUAUAUAUCAUUUAAUAUAUUAUAUAAUUGCCAUAUAGAAAUUGAUAGCUGAAGGAUUUAAAAUACCUAUCGGAUCAAUGGUUUUACUUAUGGAGUUAUAUUUAAACAACGAUAAAUUGGCAGAAGCUAGAGAAAUAUAUGAGAACAUAAAAUCUAAUGAUCCAGAAUUUAUUUUAGAUAAAUAUAAAGUUGUGAAAAUGGCAGAAGUAAUAGCUAAAAUUGAUAGUAUUGAAAGUAAGUGUUUGCGUAAUUUCAUUAUUGAAAAUCAGGUUUUAAAACUUAAAAUUUUAUUUUAUUUGAAAAAUAUUCUGUAUUUUAUAGAUACUAUUGUUUUUCUGUCUUCAUUAAAAAAAAUUGAUAGUAAUAAUGAGUUUAUGCCAUACCUACAUGCUAAUACUUGUUGGAGGUUAUUGAAUAUAGUUGCUGAAAGUGGAAAUGUAGAAAACCUUCAGAAAGUAUUUGAUUUGCUUAUAAAUAAUAACUAUAUUACAGUAUCAAAUGUACUUUUAGGACCUUUAGUUAAAGUACAUAUUAUCAAGUAAUUACUAUUUAAUUAAUAUUUAUUUAUACUUAAUAAUUAAUAUCAUCAAAUCGUGUUAAUCAAAUUCACAUUUAUUUAUAGAAAUGAUCUUAAAGAAGCUUUGGCUAAAUUUGAAUGGUGUUGUAAAACGUACAGAUGUACUCCAUGGAAAAAUGAACUAGCGCAUAAAUUUAUUGAAGCAGAAGAUGCUACUUCUUUGCAAAUCCUAACUGACCUGAGUACUACUGUACACGGUGAAAUUAAUUCUCUUUAUGAUUUGAUGUUUUCAUUUAUUGAAUGUGGCCGUAUUAAACAAGCACGUAAAAUAUUAGAGGUUGGUAUAGAAUUAAUUUUGUUUUUAUGUUUUACUAACUUGAAAUUUAUUGUUUCAAAAUAUGAUUAAAAAUAAUACAUUUGUUUUUGGCAAGGAUUAUAUUAUAAAGUAGUAAAGAUAUCAAUUUCUAACUAUGUAAUACCUGAAAGAAAAAUAACUUAGAUAAAAUCUUUUUAAAGAUUUUUAUCAAAAUUUAUAUUUAAAUUAUUUAAAUUUAUUAAUUAUGUAUCAUUACUAAUUUAAAUAUCAAAUAAUUAUUUCAUUCAUUUUUGUCAAUCUUAAAUCAUUCAAAUAUGACAUUGUUCUGGCAUCAAGAAAUAUUAAACUAUACUAUUAUGUUUUGUUAACUUAAAAUAUUGAUUUUCAAAUAACUAGCGAUACUACAAAAUAUCCUUUUUUUAGACACCUGGCUUACGAAUUAGACAAGAUCGUAUUAACACUGUUUGUGCAAAAUACAGAUCAGAAGGUUCAGAAGAAAAUUUAGUUCGUCUGCUAGACGUCACAAAAUAUGUUGGUGCAUUUGACAGGACCCAAAUAUUUAAUGAACUUCUUCAGUUAUAUAGUAAACUUGGAUUAUUAUGAAAUAUGUUAUACAUUUUAUUAAAAUAUAUAUGAUUUAGGUCAAAAUAAUAAGGUAAAGGAAGCAAUGGCUCUAUGGAUUCAAAUGCAAGAAGAAGAUAUUCAACCGACAGAUAAUUUUAUGUGGGAAUUAAGCGAGCUAUUAAAAAAAAAUAAUCUUGAAGUUCCUUUCAAAGUAGUUCAACCAAAAAAUAUUAAUCAGAGAGCAAAUCCUAAAAAUGCCAACCAAAUUAUAAAUUCUCAAAUUGAUAUGUUGUUAAAAAGUGAUAAUAUCAAUAAAGCUCUAUCACUGCGCAAAUCAAUACUUUCAAAAGGUUCAACUAUCAAUCCAUUCGAAGAAUCUAAAAUUAUUGAGAUGUUAACACGUGAAAAUAGAUUGGAAGAAGCAUUUGAAAUUAGCAAAGACAUGUUGAAUAAUAGUAGGCCAAUAACACAAAACAUAUUCAAUUUCUUAGCGGGGAAACUUUCAGAAUCUGGUGAUUUUGCAAGUUUAGAAUAUUUAGAAGGAAAAGUUUCAAAAGUAUGAUGAUUUAACCUAAUAAUAAUUUGUUAACUAUUGAGAUUUUAUUAUAUAUUAUUAUAUCACAUUUAAAGUAUAAUAAUGUUCUUUUUAAUUUUUAGGUUGUUAGUCAAAAAUUGAGUUUAAACAGUAAAAUAUUUAAAGCAUAUCAAUUGCGAGGUAAUGCAAACGAUCUAUUUGUUCGUUUAGAAAACACUAUUGAUGCAAAUAUAAAUGAUUCAGACAAAUUAUCUAAAAUUAUCAAGAAUGUUCCAGGUAGCGGUAUAAUAAAUAUCUUGAAGUCGGACUCUUCAUUUGUGCCAUUUGGUUAGUAACUAUUAUUUAACUAUUUAAAAAAUAAAAAUAAAAUAAUCCUGGACAUAAUUUAUUCAUUUUAUUAUUUUUAUUUUCCUUAAUAGAGAAAUUAUGUUUAUAAAUGAACAUUAAUUUAGUUUAUUCAUAAUAUGAUUAAUUUUAUUUUUAAAUGCACAAACUAGUAAUAACUAAUUAAUUAUUAUUAACCCAAUAAAUAUUAUUUAAUCUUAUAUUAAAGUAAAUGAACAGGUAUAUCAAUAUCUGUGUAUAUAAUUAUUGAAGGUAUAAUAUAUUUUAUAACUUUGAAAUAAUUAUCAUUUUAGAUAUUGCCCUAAUAUAUAAACAGUUUAAAAUUAAUACAUGUUUUUCACUUUUUUUAGUUGAAAGAUUAAAUUCUAAAGUGAUAUCACAUGGCCAUAUAGAGUUUGCCAAUAGCUUAUGGUCUUAUUUCAUGCUAAACAAAGAGUAUGAAAAAGCUCUUACUCUUGUUAAAGUCUUCGAAGAUGCAAAGUUUAUUCAGUACCGAUACUUACUAUCGGAGAUCCGUUUGAAUAAUAAUAUUGAAAUGGCCCACAAGUUCUUAGAAAUAUUGCCAAGCUUUAAGAAUAUUGAUCAGAAUAAAAACGCCGGGUUAAUUUAUAGUGCUAUGAUAGAUUCUUAUGGUGAGUUAAGAAAGAUAAAAUUAUAUCAUAUUAUUUAAUAAAAUAUUAAAUGUAUUAUUGUAGUUAAUCAGGAUAAUGCUAUUGAAGCUUCUAAAAUAUUAGACAAAGCUUUAGAAAAAAUUACACUCAAUGAUUUAAAUGAAACGGCUGUGAUGAGGCUUAAACAACUUUUAAAGACUCGAGGUGAAGAAUUCAAAUAUGAUACAAGUUCAUUACAAAAAAAAAAAGUAUGCUCUUAUAGUAAAUACUAAAUAUUUUAACUAACCUUGAAAUUUUUAUUUUACAAAUCUAACUUUAUGUUAGUAUUUACAUAAUUAAUAAUUCUGAUGUUAAGUUUAUCUUAAAAAUUGUUUUUGUUUUUAACAAUUGAUUUUUUGCUCCAACCUAAUAACUAUUACAAAAGCAAGUUAACCAGCAGUCACAGCAAUCAAUGAAUUCAAAUUUUAAUUAUUUUAAACUUUCAAGAGAUAAUUUUUAAUCUGACAUGACUGUGUAUUGCUGUUACUUUAUUAUUGUUUAUUAUUAUUGUUCAUUGUUCUGAUUUCAUUGUAAUUUGAAAAUGGUUUUUUUUUUUUAUUAAAAUUAGUUUUCUUAAUUGAAUCAAUAUUUAAGAGAAAAUUUCUUGAUUCUGGUAAUUAAUGAGCAAUUAUUGUUUCUGAUUUAUAGACUUCAUCAAAUAAUAGAAAUCCAGAAAUAUAUAGUGAUGACUCCAGUGAUUCUUCGGAUGAUGAAAAAGUUGCAAAAGUUUAAACAAAUUAGUACGUUUAAGUUUACAAAGUAGUAGUCGAUUACCUUGAAUAUUG